GGCUGCAGUCACACUCUCCAUCACUUCCUGACCAGCGGCUGAGCGAUGGACUCCGGCGGGUUGAUGGCGGUGGCGGCGCUCGGUCGGCCUUUCUCCCUGGGGAUGCUGUACGACUGUCGCAGAGAUCGUCUAGUGCCUGGAAUAACAUUGUGGGACCGCGAUGACCUGAAAAAAGAUAUUGGAGAAAGACCCCAGAACUCUAAUGAUUUUGAGACAGUUGCAUCUGAAUCAAUUGAGGAUAAAUCUUCAGCUCUAAAGGUUGAAGCUUCUCUGAAAGCAAGUUUCUUGGGUGGACUGGUUGAGGUGGGGGGAUCCGCCAAAUACCUGAAAGAUCACAAGACAUCCAGAAAUCAGGCCAGAGUAACACUGAAGUAUCAAACUACCACUAAGUUCCAGGAACUGUCCAUGGACCAUCUCGGAAGAGGCAACGUGAAACAUCCGUAUGUUUUUGACAAAGGAAUAGCAACACAUGUAGUCACAGGUAUUCUUUAUGGAGCACAAGCCUUCUUUGUGUUUGAUCGUGAGAUGUCAAAAGGAGAAGAUCUUCAGGACAUUGAAGGCAACUUGAAAGUGAUGAUCAAGAAGAUCCCAGGCAUCUCUAUAGAGGGAGAAGGUUCCCUGAACAUGGAAGACAAAGAUAAGGCAAAUGAUGAGAAGUUUUCUUGCAAAUUCCACGGAGACUUUUCUCUUGAAAAGAAUCCUGUGUCCUUUCAGGAUGCUGUACAGGUCUAUCAAAGCCUGCCAACACUACUGGGACCCAAUGGGGAAAAAGCAGUUCCAGUGAAAGUCUGGCUGUUGCCAUUGACAAUCUUAGAUUCUACUGCUGCUCAACUUGUUCGUCAGAUAAGUGUAGGAUUAGUUCAGGAAGCACAGACAGUCCUGGAGGACUUCAGUGAGCUGGAGAUGAGGUGCAACGAUGCCAUGAGAACAACAACAGCACAGCAGUUUCCUCAGAUUGGCAAAAAAAUUAAAAGUUUUAAAGAAAUGUGCUCUGUGUUCAAACUAGAAUUCCAACGAGAUUUAUCAGUGAAACUUCCAUCUAUACGAGGAGGAGGCGAAGAGGAGGCUGUGCUUGCAGAGAUACUGAUGAAGAGACAUUCAUCUCCGUUCAACAGCAGAAACCUGACUGAGUGGAUGGACUGUAAAGAGAGAGAAAUCGACACCUUAAGAUCUUUCACCGACACAAUGAAAAACACAAAGAUUGUUCCAUCUCAAAAUCAUCUGUACAAGGAAACUCUCAAUACAAAGCAUGCUGUGUGUUUUGUUUUCACCUCACUGGGAGAUGCUGAGUCGUUCCUCUCAGCUUCAUCAAACUAUUCACCAUCAGAACCAACCAAACCAGACCAGACUCAAGGUCAACAGCAGUGGUUCACCUCACAAGACAUCGCACAUAAAAUGAGGAAACAAGCAAAGCUCUUCAGUGAUUUUGCAGAGGCCAACAAGGAGAACAUGAACAUAAAGUUCCUCAUGGUGGGUUUGACAAAUGAGAUACAAAAAGGUUCCAGCAUCUACCUUUAUAAAGACGGCUUCUCCGUAAAUGAGAACUUUGAACCACCUUCAAAGCCUGAAAGUGUGAAAGCAAGUGACAUAAACCACAACAGUGUGACCCUGAAGAUCUCUCCACCCAGAUUUGGAGCCGAGAACAUCACCUCCUACUCUGUUGAGUACUGUGUCCAUGGAGAGGAUGGAUGGCAACAGAAGACGGCGUCAAAGGAUGGAGACGUCACAGCGAGCGACCUGAGUCCUAACACAGAGUAUGUGUUCAGAUGCAGAGCUGUCACCUCAGUAGGUGUUGGACCAGUCAACGAGGUCAGUGGAACCAUUAGAACUCUGCCCUGCAGCCCUCCUGGAGAACCUCGAGUUGAACCAAACUCAAGUGAGAUAACCGUUAGCUGGCAGAGACCUGCUGAGCUUGGACAAGAUGUCCACGUUCUGAGCUACAUCGUGGAGUACGCCCAAGCAGACAAAGUGGGGAAAGCAGAAGAUCUCCAGUGGAACCGAACAAUGUCCAAAGCUGAAGAGGUGAUCAUAUCAGAGCUUCAGUCAGAGACAGAGUAUGUUGUCAGGGUCACAUGUGACUGUGGUGGAGCUGGCAGAAGCAAGAACAGCAUCUCUGUGAACGUCUGCACAAAGAAUGUUAAACCUCUCACAGAAUUCCUCACUCGUACGAGCGUAAAAAUAAGUUCUGAGCCCCUGUCAGUUUACAAACUGUCACUGGAUGAAAAAAAUACUUAUACACGAGGCUACCAGAUGUUUAACUUUGGCAAAAAAAGCAUGAAGAGAAAUCGCACCAUGGUUCUUUUUGGAGCGUCUGGAUCAGAAAAGUCCACUUUGAUAAAUGGAAUGAUCAACUACAUUGUAGGUGUAAAGUGGGACGACAAUUUCAGAUUUAAAUUAAUAGUCAAGAAUCAGUCAAGAUCAGAAGCUGAAAGCCAGACGCCUCAAGUCACUGUGUACAAACUGAACCACCAGGAGGGGUUUAAAAUCCCCUUCUCUCUGACUAUUGUGCAUAUUCCAGAAGAAAUAGGAGACAUAGAAAGAGACAAGAAGAUCGUAGAGCAGCUUCGUAAUCUCUUCUCUGCUGAGGAGGAUGGUGUCAGUGAAAUCGAUGCUGUGUGUUUCGUAGCUCAGGCUUCUUUAGCACGACUCACACCAAGACAGACACACAUGUUUGACUCAGUGCUCUCCAUCUUCGGCAAAGACGUGGCAGAAAACAUCCAGAUUCUGGUGACAUUUGCAGACGGCCAACAUUUAUCAGUUCUGGAGGCGAUCAACGCUGCGAAUGUCCCGUGUCCGAAAACAACAGAAGGACUGCCGGUUCACUUCAAGUUCAAUAACUCAGCGUUGUUUGCCCAAAACAAAUCGUGUGCAGCAGAGAGCGCGAGGGAGGAAGAUGACGAGGGAGACUUCGAUGAGAUGUUUUGGAACAUGGGGAUAGAAAGCUUGAUGAAAUUUUUCACUGAUUUGAAUGGAAUGCCGACCAAAAACUUGACCAAGACAAUUCUUCGAAACAUAUGGAAAAGCCAAUUUUGGGAUCCAUUGCAGAGAACAUAGACUUGCUCAUAGAAGCAGAGAAAUCUACAGCCAAGCUGAGAUGGAGGCAACAGGUCCAGAACAUGAGAGACCUGAAAGAGAAAUAUCACUAUUACUGAUAUUGUGCCCCCUAGUGUUCACUGCAAGUGCAUUACACAUAGUCUCGUGGUCCUCCAGGCUCUCAACCACAUGUAUCAACCAAUGUGCACACGCUCUGUGUGAUGCAGCUAUCCACAUGUUAGCCAAAAGUGCCGAUUAACUUUUGAUGCACUUAUUGUAAGUCGCUUUGGAUAAAAGUGUCAGGUAAAUGAAAUGUAUUGUAAUAUGCUAACUUCCGAUAUCACACAAUGCAUAUGUCUGUCCAAAAUCCGAUGUAGAGAUUCAAAUUGUCAACCACUUCCUCUUUAACAUUAAAAUUUGAUCCUAGUGAAGAUGUUUUAAUUUUAAAGUAUAAAUGCACCUGGACACAGUUAAGCUAGCAGAUGAAAUUAAGCUAGCAGGGUAACGUUCCCGGGUUAAACAAAUGUUCCCAUCGUACCUCACGGUCUCAUCAUAGCUAAUAUGCUAAAUAUGUUCUUUAACCUUGAAACUCGGUCGCAUGUCGCUAUAGAUUCAAACUGUCUGUUGUCUCUUUAAUUAGUGAAAUAAAUGAUUCGUCAGAUUCCCUGAGUUUACAGCUGGAUCCCGGCACCGACUUUAUUCUGUUGAACCGCGUCUGAACUUCCCACCGCGACAAUGUCAUCCAGGCAAAAUGGCCGCCAUGUGUGAAUGACAUGAAGUGGAUCAAAAUGAACAAAUACUCUGGAUUCUAAAGUGAAGCCAAUGUGAAAGUGUCUGAAAAUCGGAUCUAUAAAGUAUCUGUCUCUCUCGCUGUCCAUCCGACCAAUCAGCUCGUUGCUCCUUCACUGCUAAACACUCAUCAGCAUCACGACUGAUUCCUGUCCUGGCUCCUGAACGCUGGAACCAGCUCCACAUCCACAUCCGGACAUCAGAGAGUUUACACAUCUUCUGCCGCAAACUAAAAACAAAGCUCAUCUGACUUUACCUUCAAUAACAUUUUAAAACU